AGCGCCGCACGCUUCGCGUCCCCGUUCACCGCCCCGCGCUCGACCGCCACACCGUGUGACGAGCUCGCUUCCGUGCCAGUGCCGUGCAGUGUGUGUGUCUGUGUGUCUGUGUGUGCGCGUGUGUUAGUGCGUCAGGAUCGUGCCGGAUUUUUGCCACCCGGAGUACGACGGUGUGCUUGUGCCUUGCAGUGCACCAGCAGACCGGGGUCCAGCCGGCCGGACUCGCCGACACCAGCUGGGAUGGCGCAGGCCCCGGGCCUGGGGCGUUAGAGCUUGCAGCCCUUGGGGGCCCCAGCGCGCCCCCCAGCGCGCCUCGCGAGGCCCCAGGCUAGGCCCAGGCCUGGCCCAGGCCUCGGCCAUGGGGCAAGCGAGGCUGGCUCUACCUCUCCCGGUGCUCCUGCUACCCCUGCUGCUGAGGGCGCCGACCACCAGUGCAGCCAACGCCAACUGGAUGUACCUGGGGCUGGUCGGCGUGCCGCCGCCGCUGCAGCAGGCCGCCCCCAGCGGCGGCUCCGGCGAGGGCGAGGGCCUGGACGUGAUCCUGGACGACCCCGAGCUGGCCGAGGCGCGCGCCGUGUGCGGCUCGCUGCCCGGCCUCAUCGGGGCGCAGACCAACGUGUGCAUGGAGCACCCCUCGGCCAUCAAGUCCAUCGCCGAGGGCGCGCGCAGGGGCAUCCAGGAGUGCCAGUUCCAGUUCCGGCACGAGCGCUGGAACUGCUCCACCAACGAGCACGAGCAGAGCGUCUUCGGGUACAUCCUGGAGCGGGGGAGCAAGGAGACGGCCUUCAUCUACGCGGUGACGAGCGCGGGCGUGGCGCACGCCGUGACCCAGGCGUGCUCUGGCGGCGAGCUCACGGACUGCGGCUGCGACCCGGGCAUCUCGGACCAGCGGACCACGCCGCAGGGCUGGAAGUGGGGCGGCUGCAGUGACAACCUCCACUACGGCCUGCAGUUCUCCAGGAAGUUCGUGGACGCCCCCGAGAGGACCAAGCCCAACAGCGGCGACCCGAAGGCCAGGAAGCAGUUCGCCGUCAGGGCCCGGAUGAACCUGCACAACAACGAGGCGGGCAGACAGGUGGUGAGCUCGCUGCUGCGCAUGCACUGCCGCUGCCACGGCGUGUCCGGCUCGUGCGAGCUCAAGACGUGCUGGCGGACGCUGCCCGCCUUCAGCGAGGUGGGCGACCUCCUCAAGCGGAAGUACCGCCAGGCCGUGCAGAUCACCGCGUCGCGCGGCCGCCGGCGGAUGCGGCGGAAGAGCAAGAACCCGCGCUCGGGCAGCAACCAGAGCAACAGGGGCGGCCGCAACAAAUGGAAGAGGUCGCUGUCGAAGGGCGACCUGGUGCACAUCCACAAGAGCCCCGACUACUGCGUGACGGACCCCGCGCGGGGCAUCGCCGGCACCAGCGGCAGGGCCUGCAACAAGACGGGCAGCGGCGCCCAGAGCUGCGACCUGCUGUGCUGCGGCCGCGGGUACAACACCCAGGUGGUGAAGCACGUGGAGCGCUGCCACUGCAAGUUCGUCUGGUGCUGCUACGUGACCUGCAAGACGUGCGAGACCGUGAUGGACAGGCACACCUGCAAAUGAGUCGGCGAGGCGGCAGGAGUACCAACCCAACACAGCGAGUCGUUGUUCUUGCGCACUCGACAGUAACGCCCUCAGCUGCUUUACCAAAUGCAAGACAACCCGAGGGGCGGCCCUGCCUGUGGCCCCGCGGCCUCGGCCCUACACUGGGCCCCACUCAGCGCGGUCGCAACUUUGAAAGGGUUUGUCGGAACUGAACGGCGGCCUGCGGGAUGGAGACAGACGCAUCCCGACAAACAAAAUUCAUUGAACAUUCGAAAUCCCACCGCGGACUCCCCAGGCCGUGCGUCUGUUGUAAAUAGUUUUCCAAUUUUAAAACCGUGUAACUGAGAGAUUUGUAGCGUGCUUCGGUAACUGACGUACUUAAUUUAUAUGCGUGACAACGUGUGUUGAGCAGAUGACACACAAAGCUGUACCCACCAAAUAUUAAUAUUGUCGUGCCGUGUGUGCGAGUUGGAGGGCACGCCCUCGGGCACGCCGCGAUGAAAUCGUGUUUGCCUUCUGCUUUCCCAGUGAAAAAGAGUCAAGUUCCCUGUACACUGGCGGAAGCGAACCUCGGUGUCUGUUGAACGCGAGAGCCGCACUCAAUGCCUUCUAGUGUAGUCAGCCUUUGUGCCAUUGACAAUGCCAUUCCAUUCGAUUCUCAACAGGUAGCUCUUUAUCCUCUAACCCGUAGUGUCAUCGCUUCUUGAAUAUAUCUGUAGAUAUUCUUUUUGCCGCGAAGUGAGCUCCUAGAGCUGUACUUAAGGAGUCAUGGCGAGAACUAUUGUGCUUGUAUAGAUACCUGCGUUACGGUUUGUAUAGUGUAGGUGUUAAGUGUUCUUGUCGACAUUUCGGAAUGGUGGCAGCAAAGCUUUGCUCCGCGCGAACGUUUCGACGCGUUUCAACCCAAAGUGGGCCUUCCACUGAAAUUUCUGAAUUAAAUUUUUACUGUGUCUUUAUCACACCAGUGAGCGGCGAAGUGUGGGCAUUGAUUUUAAAAGAUUGUGUGGUGGCAUAAUGAGCCCCACUGAAUGGAUUAUGUUUUUUGAAUCGUGUAUCCAGUUUUCACAUUUUUUUGAUGAUGAAAGUCUGUACAAGUCAUUAAUUUUUAAAUCUAAACCAUUUUUUUUUAUUCCUUUAAAAAGUGUAAUGGUUUAUUUAUGUGCGCCUUAAGUUGUAUGGAUAUUCUAGCAUGCAUGAUUUUGACUUUCGGCUUGAUUCUAAGUUUUCUGUCUUUUCGGAGGCUUUAUUGUAAUCCAUUUACUAUUAAUUUCGUGUACGAAUUUCGAAUAGAUUUUGUCCACGGAUGUUCGCCGUGCGAUGGCGUUUCACCAUUUCUUUUGUAAAUACAUUGGCUUCUUCUCGACUAGCAUAGCCAUAUUAUAUAUUGUGUAGAUUCUUACAAAUGUACAAAUCAAAGUAAUUUAUAUCAAACUCUUUAUACUGUCCUAGUGAGUAGCCGAAAAAUAAAUUAUGUCAGCGACGAGGCA